UUGUAAAAUAUUGUUGACAUAAUCGAGACUUAGCUCUCAUGAUUUUUGUAAACAAGUGUUUUGUUCCGCUUGUUAAUAAUGUCCUCGGAGAAAAAUUAUGAUGAUCUGUUGUAUCCUAUUCUUUCAAGUGAAGGGAAUAUCGUGGGUUUCUUUGACAGAGUUUUUGAUUUUUUAUAUCGAAGGACUGAUUUCUUCAGGCUCAAGAGCAGUGAAUCAUCGGAUUUAGGACUGCCGGAUGGAGAAGCUGAACAAAUAGUCAGAUGUGUAUUUUGCAAAUAUAUGGAACAAGCAGUACUACAGCAAAAAUCUGAAUCUCAGUAUAUGGAUAACCCAGUUCCUUUAGAUUAUGUUGCUGAAGAAACAGUUGUUACUACAUCUGAAAAUGAGAAGCAGAACUCGGCUGCUAUUGAAUCAAUAUCAAGUAAUAUGAAGGAAGAAAAGAAUGAAAAUAAAAGACUUGAUGACCAAUCUGAUCCCAAGAUACCCUUGAUGGAUCCAGAUUGCUAUAAUGGGGCUCAUUAUGAGGGGUACUCAUGGGCACAAACCUUGAGAGAUAUUGAUGUUCGAGUAAAAGUCCCUGCUAAUGUAACAUCUGCAAAGCAAGUGCAUGUAAACAUUCGACAAACAAGUUUAAGCACUGAAGCUCUGUCAAAUAAUGAAUGGAAUCAGCUGAAAGGUGGUGAUUUGACGUGGAAGGUUAAUGUUGAAGAAUCAACAUGGACUCUUGUACCUCGAGAACACAUCCAUAUUUGCUUACAGAAGAUUCAAGAGAGGUGGUGGGAUUCACUGUUUGUUGGGGAACCUAAAAUUGAUUUAAAAACAAUAGAUCCAUCGAUCGCUUAUGAAGAUUUGGACCAAGAUUCGCAAACCAAAAUUGAGCAACUUAUGUAUAAUGAACACCUAAAACGUUUAGGGAAGCCUACUAUACAACAGAAUAAAUUCCAGACUAUUUUAAAAGAAGCAUGGAAUCGAGAUGGAUCUCCUUUUAAAGGGCAUCCCUAUGAUCCUGGACUUGUGAACAUUCAAAAUGCAGACAAUAUGAUGUAAUUCUAUCCAAGAUGGAUGCAUAAAUUGCCAAAUUCUUCUUGAAAGUAUGAUAUCUCAUUUUAAUGUUUAUGCUUUGUACAUUUGUUAUGCAAAUUUGUAUUGUAAAUAAGAUUUUAAAUUUGUAAUAUUUAAUAAAGAUCUGAUGUUAUAA